AAUUGAUGUUCUUUCAUCUGUGCAUUGGUUUCUUGGUUUGGUUACUCAUUACAGUAAUACAUGAACCUAGCUUUACCCGAUGCUCUGACAGAAUUUAGUUUUAUCUGUGGGUGAGUUUGAAGUAUAAACUGUUUAGCAGGGACUAGGGAGUUUUGAAAAGUUAUAAACACUGUUGUAGCGGUUGAUCUUGGUGAGGGAUCUGUCCUGAUGUCAUGCGCCCGCCUUUCGGUGCAUCACGGUGGUAACUUCUUUUGGAUAUCCAAACAUGUCAUGCGGAACUGGUAUGUGUUAAUAUGAAAACGUAGUGCACCGCUAAGGUCUGAUGUAAGCAUCCUUACCCUUAUGAUGCCUGAAUAUGAAACUCAUUGGGAGGUUUAAGAUUUCUCAAUAAAACGUGUGACGAGAUCUUCUAAAAGAUGUAAGCAUAUUCUUAACAGAAUAUCAGAUUUCUUGCAUAACCUGCAUUGCAAUAGUUCUGGACUAUUUAGCUCAAAGAGAGAAAGAAAUCCUGGUCUGGUAUAUCUGAUUCUUUCAUAUUGGAAAAAGAAAAGAAAAGAACAGGAAUUUCAUAUUCUGUGAUUAAUAAGAUUCCAUAUAGAUUACACAACAAUCCAGAUUUGGAUAUAGAAUAAUUAUGAAUAAUUUCUUGUAGAAAAAUAUACAUAACAGGUGCAUUGCAUUUGCAUAAACAGUUAACUCAAGAAAACGCGCCCAGGCGAUAUAUAAACCACUGUCAUUAGUCAGUCAUUCAUCUCGCCUUCCUUCUCCAGACUCCAAAAAAGAUCUUGCUUUCUUAGAGAAUCAUGGGUGUGAUAAAAUCAGCAAUCGGUGAUGUUAUCAUAACUUUUAUGUGGGUGUUUUGCGCUUCGACUUUAGGACCAAUUACUUCCAUCAUCAAGACUAUGUUUGGAGUAGAAGGCUUAAUUUUCAACCUCUUUAUCACAGUCUGUCUUGUAUCAGUUCUGUUAUUCAUUUUCAAUUUCAUCGCUGAGGCAUUGGGUGGCGCGAGCUUUAACCCCACUCUGUUUGCAGCCUUUUCCGCUGCUGGAAUCCAUAAAGAGUCCUUGUUCUCUGUUUCUAUCCGCCUUCCUGCUCAGGCAGCUGGAGCAGCAGGCGGUGCAUUGGCAAUCAACGAGCUAAUGCCAGUGCAGUAUAAGCACAUGCUAAGAGGGCCUUCUUUGAAAGUCGACAUGCACAGUGGAGCGAUUGCAGAGGGGGUGCUGACCUUUGCAGUGACCUUUCUCGCGCUCUUUAUCAUCCUUAGGGGUCCUAAAAGCUCACUUCUGAAGAAUUGGUUGCUUGCCGCGUCAACUGUGAUGUUAGUUGUUGCAGGUUCUGGUUAUACCGGCCCUUCCAUGAAUCCUGUCAAUGCCUUUGGUUGGGCAUAUGUUAACAAUCGUCACAAUACAUGGGAGCAUCUGUAUGUUUACUGGAUUUCUCCCUUUGUCGGGACCAUUCUAUCAGCCUCGCUGUACGGUCUUAUUUUCCCACCCCCUGUCAAGCAGAAGAGAGCCUGAAGCAGCAGACAGUUUCUAGUAUUCACCUGUAUGCGGUUCUAUACUGCUUUUUCAGAUACAUUUAAGUACUUUUUCUGUCUUAAAGUUCAAUUUGAUAGAUUAUAGACAUAUGGUCUUAUGCUUAAAGUCAUUGAACUAGUCCAGCUACCAGCUACCUGCUACUUCAACUUUUCAUUAGUAUUCUUGUUAUUUAUCUGCACUGGCUAGCUGCUGCUUUUGCUCAAAUGCUGCUGAUAUGAUUUUUUUUCUGAAUUAUGUGUUAUCGGAUUGAUCUGAGACGUUUUCCCCUGAUCCUGAUCGCCAAUGCUUGUGUC